UGCUGUACCUGUAGGCAGUUGCAGCGCGCCUUGGCAGUACGGAUGAGUACGGGACAGCAACGACAACCAUCCAGGUCGGAUCAUUGAUAAACUCAGUUACUUUUUCACGGACUAUCGUUCAUCUUUGUCCUCCACCGUGUUACUCGACCUUUCUCGAUUCAGAAUGUCCAAAGACACGCUCAGGAGCAACAAAACAGAUAUUGUCAUGGGUUUAUGUGGAGACUACAGACUUGUCCUCAACAAGGUUCUGGAGAAGAAGCUGAUAACUCAGCGGGAAUACAACAAUCUGAAAAGCAUUCCAAAUGAGAAUAUAGAGGGACACGUUGUUGAGCUGGUGGAUAAGAUCAUGAACAAGGGAGAAGACACCUGCAAAGCGUUCCUGGACCUCCUGCAAACAGACGAUGAGAUUAAAACAACUCUCCCUGAGUUGGCAAACAUACAAGACAACUGCCUUUUACCAACACCUGCACAAGAGUCCUCCCUUUAUGGUGAUGCUCCAGAGGCCAAGAGGCUUAAACAGGAGGAGCUGUAUGAACUCAGAAGCCAGCCUGUGGGCCUCUGUAUGAUCAUUAACAAUGAGAAGUUCUCAGACGGCACUUCGAGAGGGGGAACAAACACAGAUGCUCAGAGCCUCGCAGAAGUAUUCCACUGGUUGGGCUUCAGAGUGCUGAUGUGUAAAGACCAAACCAGGGAGCAGAUGAGGCACACGGUAGCGGGCUUAGCUUCGCUUAGCGAUGGCAAUCAGCUGCAGGGGUUGAGCGUUCAGGAGUGGAACGGCAGCAGGUUCACCGCUCCUCAGCAGGCUCUACAGCAUGGCGAUGCCUUCUUCUGCUGCAUUCUGAGUCAUGGAGAAAAGGGGGCGGUUUGGGGUACUGACCUAAACCCCCUCGCCAUUAAAGAAAUUACAAGAAGUUUCAAGGCGACUGAACAGUCAGCUCUCACUGGGAAGCCCAAAGUGUUCCUGAUCCAGGCCUGCCAAGGACGUCAGAAACAGAGAGGGGUGAUGUUAAAGGAUGUGGAGACGGAUGGAGGUUCACCGUCCAUCCCAGAAGAAGCUGAUGUUCUUGUUGCUGUUGCCACUGUUGAAGACCACCAAGCAUUUAGACACCCAGUAAACGGGAGCUGGUUCGUCCAGUCUGUGUGUCAGCAGCUCAAGGAGCGCUGUCCCAGUGGUGAGGACUUCACCUCCAUCCUCCACUAUGUGAAUGGUGACGUGGGACAGAAAGAGGCCUUUAGCCAGCCUGUUACAGCCAAACAGAUGCCUGAAGUGAGGUUCACACUGACAAAGAGACUUGUCCUGUCGCCACAGCGCAUGUGAAUCCUGAUCGUCGAGGAUCUUACAAUCACUGCAGAAAUUAUAAGGAUUUUAUGCUUUUCUGAAUGUUUUUAGUUCAAUUUUAUUUUUUAUUACAGUUUUUGUUAAGUUACAACUUUUCCUGUAACACGUGAAAACAAUAAAGCAGAUCCAAAAUCAAA